AAUCAAGAGUCAGGGAGGGAAACUCUGCAGAUAAAUAGCGCACAGUAGACCAGCACUUCACCAGGCAUUCAUCAGGGCUGACAUCUGUCCCGAGCCAGCCAACAAGAAGCCUGCACUGUCAGCACCAUGAAUGCCAGCGCUGUCCUCCUUUUCUGCCUCAUCCUGCUGAGUCUGAGUGGGACUCAAGGAAUCCCUUUAUCAAGAACAGUCCGCUGCUCCUGCAUCAAAAUUGAUGACCGACCUGUAAAACCGAGGGCCUUGGGAAAACUGGAAAUUAUUCCUGCAAGUCAAUCCUGCCCACGGGUUGAGAUCAUUGUCACAAUGAAAAGGACUGAAGAGAAGAGAUGUCUGAAUCCAGAGUCUGAGGCCAUCAAGAAUUUAUUGAAAGCAGUUAGCCAAAGAAGGUCUAAAAGAGCCUCUUAACCAGAGGGAAGCCGAUCACAGCAGUGCUGUGGCUGACAGUAAGGCAGUGGAGAGCCCAUCUCUCCAUCACUUCUUUACUCAGCCUAUGGCCAGCCCUAAUUGUCCCUGGUUCCCCUGAAAGGUGAUCAACCAUGGUCACAUCAGCUGCUAUUCCUAGUGACAUCCGGUCACUAUUCCUGCAGGAUGAUGGACAGCUCCUCAUCCUGAGACAACAGUAACUCCAGUGACAAGAGUUCCCAACUCUACUGAGAGUUGGCCCUGAGUUCUCACACGAACAGCUGCAAUGGCUCUCCUGGCGCUGUACUAUAUAAGCUAUGCUGAGGUGCUACGCUCUUAGCCUCGUGCCAAGCACUGCCUGCUCCUCACCCUCCCUACCUUAAGGUGUGUUAGCAGAGCUCUUCAGUUCUGAGUUACCUGGGUUCUUUUAUUUCAAAUACAGUCACAAUAAGACUACCACCUGCCUGCUCCUAAGAACAAACUUUACUUCAUAGCUUACAGCCAUCUUCCCAAGGAAACUUCAUAACUCAGAAUAUUAACAGGAAGCUAGAAAUGUAUGGAAAUGUGUGUAUAAGUAUUAUUUAAUGAACAACUGUACAAAGUAGAGUUCCUAGAUGUAUGUUUUGUACCAUUUUCAUUGUGUAUGAAAGAACUUGUAUAAUUAAGUACAUCAAUGAGGAAUGAGAAACGUUUACAUGGACAAGUGGUUUUCAAUGUUACACAACAAAAAAGGUGUUGGAUGGUUUUCAAAAUAAAAAUAAUGUACUGUAGUACUGUACUGUACUGAAAAUAUUAGGAGAACAAAAGGUAAUAAAGUAUUAAUAACUAA